AUGGACUUGGUCCAGGGAAGGAUGUUGGUAAUUGAGUACGCCGCAAGGUUUCUUCAGCUGUCAAGGUUUGGCAUGUACCUCAUCCCGUAUGAGGAGAAGAAGGUGAAGAAGUUUGAGCGGGGUCUAAACACCUGUAUUCGGACCAUGAUGACCUGCUUCAACAUCAGCAAUUUCUCCCACUUUGUUGACCGGGCUUCGAUCUAUAAGCAGAAUGCGGUGGAGUUCGUGGACCAGAGAGGAAGACUUAAUAACCUAGUACUUCAUCUAGAGGAGUUGGGCCAGUUAAGAGGAUGGCAGUGGGAAGUUAUCCACCUAAAGGCCACAAGCACAUGCCCCGAAUACCUCUCAGGCCCAGCAGCAGAAGGGUCAGACGCCGGAGUUGUGCCGGAAGUGCAACAGGGUUCACUCGGGACUCUGAUGGAUUGGCUAACGAAGCAUUCUACGGUUAUUGACUGCGCUCGGAAGGAGGUUGCGCUUAGGUUGUGGAGAGAAGGAGAAGUCAUGUUUGAUGGAUUGCGAGUGAGGUCUUUACCUCCCACUAUUUUGGCCAUUCGGGCCAGGAAGCUUAUUCUUGGAGGAGGACAGGCGUUCUUGGCAUUUGUCAUCGCCCCGGCGAAGGAGAAAGAGAAGAACUUGCAAGACAUCCUUGUGGUGCUGGACUUUCCAAAUGUCUUCUCAAUGGACUAUGCUGGAUUGCCACCCCAAAGAGAAGUGGAGUUUGGAAUCGUGUGCAUGCCAGUGAAGGAAGAGUACAUUCCUAAGACAACGUUCAGAACUCGUUAUGGACAUUAUGAGUUUUCAGUCAUGUCUUUUGAACUAACUAAUGCACCAGCUAUCUUUAUGGACAUGAUAAGCAGAGUCUUCCGUGACUACUUGGACCAGUUCACCGUGGUUUUCAUUGACGACUUCUUGAUCUACACAAAGACGCCAGAGGAGCAUGAAGAGCAUCUACGAAAGGCAUUGGAGAGGCUUCGAAGGGAGUAG